AAAUUGCCGUAAACAGUGAAUGCGACAACAUGAACAAGUGACAGUUCUUGCUUGUUUUUGUUUUAAAACACGAUAUGGAUGAGCCUAUGGAUGAUGUGGUCGAACCAGACUCUACACAGUCAUCUGAAGCAACCAAAAAACCAACUUUGUUAAGACCUGGUAGCAUGGUGAUGAUGACAUUAACAGCUGAAGACUACGAGAGCCAGUACUGGCCAAAGCUUAGAGAAGCCAUUGACCAGCUAUUAGUGAUGAAGCCCGGUUCAUAUAUUCCUAUAUCGUAUGAGCAGAUGUACAGCUGUGUGUAUAAGUGUGUAUGCAAGCAGUUCUCGGAGAAGCUGUACAGCGACUUGCUGCAGCACAUGGCUUCUCACGUCCAGGGUCUCAAUGAACAUCUCCAAGUCAGUAUGCAAGAUUCCCGGAAAUUCAUUGAACAAUUUUCUUUUAUAAUGCAUCAAUACUUGCAGGCAUUGGCCGUCAUAGUUCCCAUCUUCAAUUAUAUGAAUAGGUUUUAUGUAGAAAACAAGUUGAAGAAAGACUUGAAUGAGGAGUUGAGAAAGUUGUUCAAAGUCCACAUUGCUGAUCAGCACAUAACUAAUUUACUCACUUUAAUAGACGAGGCAUCGGGGACACCAUUUGCAAUAUCUCCGCCAACAAUGGCAAACUUAAUGAAGAAUUUACACUCACUGAGUUCAGAUUAUGUGACUUUAAACCGAGACCUGUUUGCAAGAUACAUCCCCAACGUUCUUCCACCUACCUCAGUGACGGACAUUGAGACCUACAUAGAAGAAACGAAACAGAUGCAAAGAGACAUUCACCAUAUUCCAGGAUUCAACAAUCAGGGUCAGAGUAGAAAGCGAGCCUGUGAAGAAGACAUCCCAGUCAACUGACGCGAUGGACUGGCUGCCGUUUUAUACUUUUCCUCAAUCUGUUGUGAUAACUGUGUGCUCCACGUUCCAUUGGCUGUUCCCAGUUUGUACAUAUAUUUAGACAAUUGAUUGGUCCACAACCUUUCACAACUAGCAGUAGACUGGUGACCAGUCUUUUAUGAUUAUGAGAAGACUGAUGCCCAGUCUUUCAGGGUUAGGAGUAGUGUGGUGAGCAGUCAGUCAACAUUAAGAGUGGAUAUUACAGAAGAAACUACGAAAUAUCCACACACUGGAACUUUGUUUUUACUCUUGCUUUAAUGUAGCAGCCAGUGCCUGCUGUUGUUUUAUCAAGAACGUGAUUAUUUCGCAAAUAGGUGGGUGUCGAGUUCUGUUUGUUGAAUACUGCAAUUGUGAUGUAAAUAUCUGUUUUCACCUGCUUAGAUCUUAGCUCAAUAAACUUGUAAUACGCA